AUGCAGCAAAACAAACCAUUGGUAUACGGUCUCAACCUGACCUCUAGAAAUUCAUCUGCACAACCUCCAAAACUAAAAAGAGCAUUAAUUUUUGAUGAAUCCGACGACCAAGAUUCCAAUGGGUUUACUGACAUUCGCAAAAACGGUAGUAAAUCUAACACGAAAUCCUACACGAAAGUCAUCAAUAAGCAAAUAUUGUCUUCAAGUUCUACAAGUCAAUUAAUUCAUGAACACGAGAUUAUAUUCGAGCACAAGAUACAAAAAGAACGAGAAGCUGAAGGAGACGAAUUCGAAGGAAUGGAAACUUUCGUAACACCAGCAUAUAAAGUACAACAAGAAGAGUUGAGGAAGAAAAAAGGUUGCGAGUUCAUCAAAAACUGCAGCCAUAGAACGAUAGAAGAUGAUUCUACCGAUCAAAAACCAAAAACUGACAAGGAGCUUGCAGAUCAAGCAAGAGUGGCUGGUAAAAUGGUAAUGUUGAAUGAUGAUGAACAAAUAGUGGACAAACAAAAACUUCUGUCAACUGGAUUCAAAAGAUAUGAUAAUAAAUAUAAUUCCAAGAAUAGCGAUGAAAUGUGUCGUUGUGAGAGGCAAAGUCGAAAAUUAGAAAAUCAAAUUUUAGAAACUCAGCGAAAAAGGGUGGAAGAAGAAAAGCUUAAUAAGCAAGAGUUGUUAA